UACAAGGUGCUAUGUAUACAUUAUCCUGAAGCUGAAUGAGUUCCUUUUUGGUCACCACUGUGAAAACAGCGGCAUCCCCAUGGCCCUCUUCACAAGAGCCAGCAGUCAUCCUAACACCACUGACCCCAUUCCCUGUGGGGCAAACAACACUACAGAGCCUGACGUGCCACAUUCACAUGCCUACUAUGCCCUCUGCUACUGCAUCUUGAUUUUGGCCAUCAUCUUUGGGAAUGUGCUAGUUUGCUUAGCUGUGCUGAGGGAACGCACCUUGCAAACCACAACAAACUACCUUGUAGUGAGCCUGGCAGUGGCAGAUUUGCUGGUGGCUACUUUGGUGAUGCCAUGGAUGGUGUACCUAGAGGUGACCGGAGGAGUCUGGACAUUCAGCCGUAUCUGUUGCGAUAUCUUUGUCACCAUGGAUGUAAUGAUGUGCACAGCCAGCAUUUUAAACCUCUGUGCUAUCAGCAUCGACAGAUACACCGCAGUGGUGAAACCAGUUCAAUACCAGUACAGCACUGGGCAGAGCUCAUGCAGGAGGGUGUCUCUCAUGAUCGUGAUAGUCUGGAUGCUGGCAUUUGCAGUGUCAUGUCCUCUCCUCUUUGGCUUCAAUACUACAGGGGAUCCUAGUGUCUGUUCCAUAUCCAACCCUAGUUUCAUCAUCUACUCCUCUUUGGUGUCCUUCUACCUCCCCUUCAUGGUGACCCUGCUGCUCUAUGUCCGGAUUUAUCUCGUGCUAAGACAAAGGCAAAAGAAGAGAACCCUCACCCGGCAGGGCAGCCACAGCACCAGCACCAAACCGUGCCAUGCACACCAAGAACACAUGGAGAGAAAAGCUUUGCCAAACAGAUGCCAAGGCACCUUUCCCCCCUGUCUCCCACUCAAAUGCACAGGCCAGGAGAUGUCUACCAAAAGGAAGUUGCUGACUGUCUUCAGCCUGCAGCGGUACCGGAGCUUCUGCCAUGAGGCAUCCCUCACCAAGACACCAGGGACUACACAAAACAGCAGGCAGGAAGAGAGGAGAAAGUGUACAAAACCAGGAGUGGAGGUACAGAGGCUCAGCAAUGGCAAAAUCAUCAGCUCUUUGAAGCUGGCACAGCAGCAGCCUCGACUGAUCCAGCUCCGGGAGAGAAAGGCUACACAGAUGCUAGCGAUUGUCUUGGGCACAUUCAUAGUUUGCUGGCUGCCCUUCUUUCUGAUUCACAUCCUCAAUGCCCACUGCCCAUCCUGCCACGUGCCUCCAAGGCUUUACAGUGCCAGCACUUGGCUUGGCUACGUCAACAGUGCCCUCAACCCUAUCAUCUACACAACCUUCAACACUGACUUCCGCAAAGCCUUCCUCAAGAUCCUGUGCUGCUGACUGCAGGGCCGGCACCGGGCUGCACGGGUUUGCAGCAGACUCCUGGGCCAGGGACAAGGCACAGCACCCUUCCCUCCCUCUGCUUUAACCACAGUGGAGGGGGAUGUGCUCCCCUCGGCUGUGAGCAAUGGUGGUCAGUGUGACAUGGUCAUUUUUGACAUCCAGGCACCUUCUGCACCAGAGUGAAGAGCAGGAAUAUGCCCCACCUUCGCGGCUGGAUUCCCACACCAACCUCGGCGCUCCUGCUUAAGGGAGUACAAGUUCUUCCCAUUUCUGGGGAGGGAGGAAGGGGAAGAAGAAAAAGUAGUAAGCCAGCGAGUCCCUCAGCAGGGACAGUGGUGCUGAAAGGCAGACCUGGGUGUGCAGCAGUAGAUCAGCCACAACAGUGCACUGCUCCUGGGAGCUGCCAGGCUCACAGAGCACGCAGGACCCAAAUGCAGAUGGCAUCUCUCAUCUCUGUUGCCUACGUGCUGAAAACACAUUUGUCCUCCCACAGCUGGAGCCUCAACCUGCAAAAAGCACCCAGCUCAUGCAUAGCAGUCCUAGUAAGAGGGCAGAACAUGACCUCUUUGAUAAGGAUCCUGAUCCCUUUGAUCAGGAGCCAAGAGCAAAAUCUGGACAAGGAAAUUUGGAAAAGGAGCAUUGAUGGAGAAUUGACAACUUUCCUGUUGUUUCAGUCAAAAGGUUUGCAUGUAAAAUUGGGUCAAAGUGCUUGAGAAAAUCACCCUGGUUGCAAAUGAAAUCUUCCCUUGUGCUGCCAGCUUGUAUUUUAUUGCUCCUUGAAAGAUAGAGAGGUGGCUGCCAUCCCACUGGUAGGUCAGAUCGCCUGAGAAGUACAACAUUAUCCAACUGUCCCCUCUCUUCCUGACACAAGGACCAGAUAGAUUGGCUGCUACUUAACUACAACACACCCCAGUGAUCUACUGGGGCUACUAAGUGAACAAGGCCUAUCAUAGCUCCCAUCAUGCCUGCAGUAGAUUCAAACCUGUUUUUUCAGCUGGGGUGGGUUGCAUGCACCUCAUCUCAAAACUUGCUCAUGGUCUCUUUGGAACCAAUCUUCACUUGUGCUCCUCUCCUCAACAGGAGCAUUGCUAGAUUAAGGGUUUGUAGCACCUGACCGCUGAAAUAAAUCCGGUUACAGCCCACACCUAGGGGAGAGCUGUAUCAUAACAUUCCUCCCAGUAAGAACAGACAUGUGCCUUGAUAUCAGCCCAAGGACUCUCCCUGGCUCCCCUUGCUAAUGUUCUUGUCAUCACAUAUGGCAUCUGUAUAUGCCAGCAUCCAGGAGCUGGACAAAUACAGCCCUGCCAUGGUCUCCUUUCCGAACAGCAUUUUACAAAGCCAUCUCCAGUAGUUCCUAGAUGAAAACACCAGACAAGCCCUGACAUACCAUGUAAGCUGGUCUCAUGUCAGGGCACUUUAAUGUUCUUCUCCCUGUAUAGGCAAACCUGACGUGGGACAGAUAGCCUCAACACACUUCUCUCAUUUUCCCCCAUUGCUCUACUGGAUCAAGGCUUCAGCUCUCACUCCCAAGACUAGGCUUAGCUGUGCUGUUAGCCAUGCUCCUUUGACAGCUUUGGGCACAACUCUGUGCUGUCCCUGCCUGUGUCAAUGCCACAGCUUCUCCAUCUGGGAAGGGCUUCCUCUAUUUCUUAAUAUAGAGCCAAAGCCAUUGUCCUCUCCCUCUGGAGCACAUAGCAGAGCUCUAGCUGUUGCUUUGGUUUGUCUGGCUUUUGGCAGGAGGAUCUUGUGGACAGCAUGUGUCAUUUGCGUGGGGAGGUGCCCUCCAUACUGCAUUGUAACUGUGUUAAUCCAAUAAAACA